AUGGAGUUUUGGUUACUAUCUCUCCCAUUGGAUAAAACGAGCGUAGCCAGCCUGGAGAAAUUGAAACGUACCAUCGCCAAAACCAACCUGGCCACUUGCGGCAAGCUCUCCAUCCCUGAGCUCAAGGUGGGGACACUGGACAACCUACUCAGUGUGUCAGAUAACCUCAGCCAGCUCGACACACUUACGGAAAGUGUUAUUAAAAAGACAUGCCACUUUAUGGGAGAGGUGAUGGAGCAGGCCAGUGACAAAGUGCUGGAAAAGGGCCUUGUAAAUGGAGUGGACCUGGUGAAAUAUGUGACCAAGUUUCAGUGGGACAGAGCCAAGUAUCCCACCUCUCUGCCCCUCAGGGUCCUGGCAGACAACAUCAACAAGCAAGUGUCCCAGGUGGAUGCCGAGUUCAAAUCCCGGGCGUCGGCGUACAACAGCAUCAAGAGCAGUCUGCACUGCCUGGAGCGCAAAGCGGAGGGCAACCUGCAUACCCGCGGGUUGAAUGACAUCGUAACCAGAGAGGAUCUGCUGGAAUCGGAGUAUUUAACCACACUACUGGUGGUGGUUUCCAGGGGGGACUAUAAGCAGUGGGACAGCACCUACGAAUCCUUCUCGCUGUUUGUGGUGCCGCGGUCCAGCAGGAUGCUGUACGAGGACACCCAGUGCGGGGUCUUCUCCGUCAUCCUGUUCAGGAGGGCUGUCAGCGACUUCAGAGAGAGAGCCAAACAGAGCAAGUUCACAGUGCGUCAAUGCAACAUGGAGGUGGAGGAAAAACACCUGCAGGAAAUACAGAGGCUGAACGUAGACAACAAGGAGCAACAUGUAGUGUUUGUGCGUUGGCUGAAGGUGAACUUCAGAGAGGUGUUUGUCGCUUGGAUUCAUCUGAAGGCAUUGCGGGUGUUUGUGGAAUCAGUCCUCAGGUACGGGCUACCUGUAAGCUACCAGGCGUUGUUGCUGCAGCCGGACAGGAAGCGUGUGAAGAGGCUGAGGCAGGAGCUUUCCUCCCUCUUCAUGCACCUGGAACCCUCUGCCAUGUCCAACAAGGUCGACGCCAGCUUUGAUGUCCCAGAAAUGAUUCAGCAGGAGUACUUCUCCUAUAUCUGCUUCCAAAUCAACACCAACAUGUUGGACACUGGCAAGUAG